CUCCCAGAGACCAUCACCCUGUUCUUUUCUUCCUAACGAUGUCCGACGUGAACCAACUUGCCAACCAGAUUGGCCAGACCUCCAUCGCCGAGCAGGAGGGCGUCCCGAUUUCCAUCAAUGACCUGCCGCCUCAGAUGCAGGAGGCCGCUCGUGCGACGGUCGAGAAUGUCGCCACCCAGCAGCUGGCCGACAUCAAGGACUUGCUGAGUGUCCUGCAGCCGGCGGCCAUCCCGGCCAAGCCGGAGAAGAAGGACGACCACAAGUUCUGGAAGACCCAGCCCGUCCAGGACUUCGAUGACCCGUCCGCCUUCGGUCCGAUCGAGGCGGACAAGACUCCCGAGGAGAUUCGCCCGGAGCCCUACAAGCUGCCUGCCGGCUUCCAGUGGAGCGAUGUUGACAUGUCCAAUGAUGAGCAGUCCAAGGAGCUCUACGAGCUCCUGUCUGGCAACUACGUUGAGGAUGGCGAUGCCUAUUUCCGCUUCGACUACUCGCGCGAGUUCCUCCAGUGGGCUCUGCAGCCCCCGGGCUUUGUCCCCGAAUGGCUGGUUGGCAUUCGUCUGAUCAACACUGGCCGGCUGGUUGCAUUUAUCUCCGGUGUUCCGAUGUCCAUCCGCACCAAUGAAGUCACCCACCGCAUGCCGGCCAUCAACUUCCUGUGCAUCCACAAGAAGCUCCGCUCCAAGCGCCUGGCCCCGGUCCUCAUCAAGGAGAUUACUCGCCGUGUCCAUCAGACUGGCAUCUUCCAGGCCAUCUACACGGCCGGCGUGCGCAUCCCUCGGCCGGUUUCCAGUGUGUCCUACUACCACCGGCCGCUGAACUACCAGAAGCUGAUGGACGUGGGCUUCGUCCACCCGGGCACUCAGCUUUUGUCCAGCAUCCUGCGCCAGUAUCGCCUGCCGAAGACCGUGGCCCUGCCGCACUUCCGGCCCAUGCGCCCGGAGGAUGUUCCCCAAGUGACUGCCCUCUGGGCCGAUGCCUCGGCCACUCGGUACAACCUGACGGCCGAGUUCACCGAGGAGGAGGUGGCGCACUCGUUGAUCCCCCGCGACAAGCUGGUCUACACGUACGUGGUGGAGGCUCCCCCGGCCACGGCGGGCGGUGCCCCUGGGCCCAUCACCGACAUGGUGUCCUUCUACAGCCUGCCGUCUCUGUGCCUGGGGCACCCGGUCCACCGGACCCUCAACGCCGCCUACCUGUACUACUACGUGUCCACAGCCACCCCGGUGGCGGACCUUGUGCGGGGGGCCCUCAUCGAGGCGUCCAAUGCCGGCUUUGAUGUGUUCAACUGCCUGGACAUCAUGACCAACUCGGAGUUCUUCUCCCAGCUCGACUUCGGUGUUGGCGAUGGCACCCUCAAUUUCUACCUCUACAACUGGGCCAUGCCGACUGUGCCCGGGGGCAAGGUGAGCGUCGUGCUGCCCUAGACGCGCCGCACAGACAUCUCCCUCUCCCCGCUGCUCCCCUCCCCUUCCCUCGCCGCCCAUCCCCUCCUUCUCCCCUCAUCACUCCCUCUUGUGCAAGUUUCCCUUUCCUGGUGCCCCCGUCCUCUGGUCUGAUUCCAAGUGCCCUCUGAUCCGGAGGAGGGUGUCCAAAGCCAAAAUACAUACACACCUGAAUUCGCCA